AUGGCAAACAACAACAGUAGUUUAUUGGAAGAAGAGAAGGACUGGGAUGCAGUUAUAAAGCCAUUUUUGUAUACUGACGCAGAAAUAUAUUUAAUGUAUAUUUUUCUUCCAAUUGUUGUCCUCACCGGACUCAUUGGUAAUGCGUCUACUAUCAUUGUUCUUACUACCAACACGCGCAUGGGCACCCCACUAAAUAUCUAUCUAGUAAAUCUUGCGAUUUCUGAUAGCCUAUUUCUAGUCGUAGCUUCGACAUAUAUGUGGUUUACUCUCACUCAAAGUCCAUUUCAUAUUUUCUAUGACAAUCGGGGUGUUUCUGUAGGUUAUUGUAAAUUUAAUGCAUUAGUUGUUGACUGGACAUACAUGGUUUCUGCGAAUAUCGUUUUAGCCAUUAGUGUCGAACGCUUUUUAGCAAUUACAAAACCUCUGAAAUAUCGCUCGUAUGUGUCUAAGAAGCGCACAAUAAAAGUAUGCUGCGCUAUAUGGAUCAUUUCUCUGAUAUGUCAAGUUCGAAAUACAGUGACAAUAGGUAAACAGGAAUUAACAUUUUCAUGGCCAGAUAUGUGGAACGGUGUUCCAAGCACAUCGUCGGUAUGCGUUUACUGUAGCGUUGACGAAUUUAAUGUUAGUGUAUGCAGUAUUAUUGUAGAUUUGGUUACAGCAGAGGUUGCACUUUACUUAGUAUAUCUUAUGUUAAUGAUUACUCUCUACCUUGUGAUGAUUGUGUCUCUGUAUCAACCUCUUUCUAAGAAAAAGCAAGAGAUCUCUUCUGCAAGUAAUCGAACCAACUAUGAGCGGAAAGCGUUAAAUACUGUCAUAGUGACUGUAGUUGUUUACGUUGUCCUUACGGCUCCGAACAACAUGCUUUGGAUAUAUGGCUAUAUAAUCCCUAAGGCUAACUACGAUGUUAUAACAUCGUUUGCUAACGUGUUUAGAUACUUGGCUUUUGUUAACAACUCUGUUAAUCCAAUCAUAUACAAUAUUUCAAAUGACAGAUACAGAAAGCGAUUUCUGCAGUUGUUUGGCUUUUCUUCUGGCACUGUGAAUAAAGAAAAUUGUGUCCAGACACCAGCAAGAACACCAAUUUUUACAAUUUCUACUUCAUUGUAA